AUGAUCAUAGACGAUCUGACGAUCCUUAUCGGACUCUUUGCAUUCAUGAUCAGUGAUGAUAUCCUGUGCUUCUUACCGGCUCUCCGGAUCGCCGCACGUGGUGAAGAUGUUCCUGGCAUUCAUUCUCCGUCUCCAGAACCCCCUUGCCGCCAACCCUUCCACUUACAUCGUGUUGAAUCCGGCUCCGUCAGCCCCGCGCGCACCAGUGUUGAUCUCUCCCCCUUCGGAUAUUUGUAUCUGUUUGGGUGGUUUGGAAACGGUCGGGGGAUCUCCUCCGUCGCCAAGAAUCGUAUGCUGACCGCAAUCCCCCCCCCCCCCCGCCCCGGACCAGGUCGGUGGCACCUGAAUGCAGAUGCAGUUCUACAGUUCGGCCUCGCAUGA